AUGGGUCUUGUGCAUUUCGAGGACGGAAAAGUCCUUUUCUACCCAUACACACCCUCCAAGGCCGCAGGUGUCAUAUUCUUGUUCUUUUUUGCUGGCAUCUCUUUAUACCACAUCUUCCUGAUACGAAAGUUCAAGACUAAAUACUUCAUCCCAAUGGUACUGGGAGGCAUAUGCGACACCUUCGGCCACCUAGGCCGCGCCUGGGCCGGCUCCGCCCCCCUCUCCCCCAAACCCUUCAUGCUCCAACCCAUGCUCAUCCUCGUCGCCCCCGUCUUCAUCUCCGCCACGCUCUACAUCACCCUCGGCCGCCUCAAAGAAUCCCUCCUCGGCUACCCGCGGCGCAGAUGCAGCCCGACGAGCAUCUUCAUCCUCACCGACAUCGUCGCCUUUUGCACGCAGAUCGGGGGCUCCCUGGUCUAA